AUGGUAGUCGUGGAGACUGGGCCGUGCAAACGCUUAGCUUGCCCGGGGCCGUCACAUGAUGGGAAGCGGAAAAAAGAAACAAGCCUUAAAACUAACCUUCCCCCUGAAAACAAAACUGCAGGCGGACGUGGGUUCCCUUGCCUGGAAAACUGCAUUAAAAGAGAGAAAGAAAUCCCCAUUUGCUUUGGAGACGCGUUUAGACAGGCGCCAGUGGAUUCGGAUUUGGUGAAAGCGGAGGAGAAGCGCCUGGAGCCAACAGGGAUCGAUCUCCCGUCUCGGCUGGAAGACCUGAGCUUUGCGGCUGCUGCCAACCAGAGGCCUAGAGGACACAGGAAGUCCCACAGCCUGCUAGGCCUGAGUGGAGAUACUCCGCAGGUCUCUGGGAGGCUGGGACACUCUUCUGGAGAAAUGAAAGAAGAGACUGUGGAUGAGGACGAUGUUAGUUUGGAAAUAUGGCGGCAGCGGUUCAGGCAUUUCUGCUAUGAGGAGUGUGAAGGGCCUCGACACGCUUUCGGUCAUCUCCAGAAACUCUGCUGUCAGUGGCUGAAACCAGAGAGGCAUACCAAGGAGCAGAUCCUAGAGCUGCUGAUCCUGGAACAGUUCCUGGUCAUCCUCCCACAGGAAAUGCAAAGCUGGGUGAGGGAACGUGACCCUAAGAGCUGCACCCAGGCAGUGAGCUUGGCAGAGGAUUUCCUGAUGAGAAGGUCCGAAGAGGCCGAGAUGCAGGAGCUACAGGCACUGGUUCCGCUUGAGGGGGAGGAGUUGGAGAAUUCGGCCAAGACCGAGCAGCUGCCAUUGGGCACUGUGAAGACCGAGCCUAUUGGGCAGGACUGUGAUGGAGAAUCUACCUUGAAGGAACCCGAGCAGAGUCAGCUUGCUGAAGAAAAGAAAGCCUAUCAAUGCUCCCAGUGCGGGAAAAGCUUCAUGUGGAGAUCCCACCUCACGAGGCAUGAGAGAACGCACACAGGAGAGAAGUUGUACAGCUGCUCUACCUGUGCAAAAAGCUUUGCUCAGGCAUCGCAUCUUGCCAUCCAUGAGAGAACCCAUACGGGAGAGAAACCAUAUAAGUGUACAGGGUGCGGGAAAAGCUUCAACCAGAGUUCAGUCCUCUCACGGCACAUGAAGAAACACAUGGGGGAGAGAGAGUACAAAGGCCCUCACUGUGGGAAAAGCCAGCGGAAGUCACAUCCUCCGAAAAACGUGACGACCCACACGGACCUUACGAAGCAUAACAGGACCCAUACAGGAGAGAAGCCAUACCAAUGCUCUGACUGUGGGAAACGCUUCAGUGACAGCUCACAGCUGGCCAAGCACGAAAGGACCCACGCGGAGGAGAAGCCAUAUGAAUGCUCUGUCUGUGGGCAAGGCUUCCGCGAGAGCUACCGCCUCAUUAGACACGAGAGGAACCACACGGGAGAUAAGCCGUUCACUUGUGUGACGUGCGGGAAAAGCUUCGUCGACAAAUCGGGCCGUGAGAAACACGAGAGGACUCACACAGGUGAGAAACCGUACAGGUGUUCCGUCUGUGGCAGAAGCUUCAGUGAGAGAUCGAACCUGAUCAGCCAUCGCAGAGUCCACACGGGAGUGAAGCCGUACAAGUGCUCCAUCUGUGGGAAAAGCUUGAGCCGACGAUCACAUCUCCUUAACCAUUACAAAAUACACACGGGAGAAAAACCUUACGAGUGUGCUGACUGCGGCAGGAGCUUCAUCCAAAGAACACAGCUUCUCAUCCAUGAGAAGAUCCACAUGAUGGAAAGUCGAUGA